AUGGGCCAAGAGGCUAGAGAUCCAAGAAUGGAGGAGGUUAUUCAGACCCUACAUGAAAUAGGAAAUAUUAUGGGCAGGCAAGCUCAGGAAAGGGCCGCCACCAUUGCCCAGGCUACUGAGGCUGCAGCAACUGCUGCUGUGAAUGGAAACAAUGCCAAUCAACGGCAGGCUCAGAUGGCGGUAAAUAGACAAAUGCAUCAAUUAGUGGAGCAGUUCCUGAAGUUGAAAUCGCCUAAGUUUAAUGGUAGGGAUGACCCCGAGGCUACACCGCGUUGGGUAGAGGAGUUAGAGAAGGCCUUUGAUGUAUUAGGGUGCACCGAGACUGAGAAAGUGACCCUGGCGAUAUAUCAGUUGCAGGAUAACGCGAAUGAUUGGUGGAAGGCCACUAGAGAUAGAGUGUUUUCGGAAGAGUGCACAAGAAAGAAAACUGACGGAAUUCAUGAGGCUCCUCCAAGGCAGAUGACUGUGGAUCAAUAUGAAGCGGAGUUCGCUAGACUGUCCAAGUUUGCACCUAGGAUGGUGGAAAAUCCACAGGAUAAGGUUCGGAGAUUUAGGGACGGACUGAAGCCAGAUCUUCGAAGCCAAAUGAUUUCGUUGAACAUUAGAGAUUACGGGGAAAUGUAUGAACGAGCUCAAGCUAUAGAGCGAGAUCAGUUAGAAAGGGCAACCGCUUCUGGGUCGCGGUUCGCUCAGAAUAGGGACAACCGCCGUUUCAAGAAGAAGCCGAUGGCGGGAAACAGGCGAUUCGUCCCACCGGCUAGAAAGAACAUUGGGAAGCCGAGCCACCAACCGAAUCGAUUUGGAGCUUAUUUUAAAUGUGGGAGUUUGGAGCACCAGAUCCGGAAUUGUCCCUAG